AUGGGUAGGCCCGCAGGCCUAGUGAGAGAAUGUGAGACCCAUUUAAGAAAGUUUGGCCCAUGGGCCGGAAGUGGACAUGGGUCCACUAAGCAAGAGAUGGGUUUGGCGGAGAAAAUAUGCAAGACACAGAGCGACCGUUUCUCAGGUGUGUGCUUGAGCGAUAACAAUUGUGCCAUCAUCUGCAGACAAUUUGAGAAAUUUGAAAGCGGUCACUGCGAAUUCGAAGGAGUCUUCCGUCGUUGUUUAUGCACCAAAGCCUGUUAA